AUGCCGGGACAAUCACCCAAAUCGGGGUCCCGUCGAGAUCUGGUCAUCACCGUCAGUGCUCAGGUAAUAACCACCAGCGCUCAGGUCAUCACCGCAAGCGCUCAGAUCAUCACCGCCAGCGUUCAGGUCAUCACCGUCAGCGUUCUGGUCAUCACCGUCAGCGUUCAGGUCAUCACCGCUAGCGUUCAGGUCAUCACCGCAAGCGUUCAGGUCAUCGCCGCCAGCGUUCAGGUCAUCACCGCCACCGUUCAGGUCAUCAUCGUCAGCGCUCAGGUCAUCACCAUGAUUGUCACGUGUCGCCUAGCAACGGCGCAGGUGCUCCUGGAGGAGUUGCAGCAGCUUAAGAUAGACCCGCUGGACCUGAACGGCACGGAGCCCUACACCGAACUAACCAUAGACGAGAUCAUCUCCCGGGCCAGAGGAGGCAACGACAUGGCCCAGAACCUGACGCUCACCGAUGACGGCAAAGUGCUGGCCGAGCUUGACAUGCGCCUCACACACGAGCAGUUCUAUAACCUGUACGAUAGGCAGGCCGGAAAAGAUGAGUACAUGAUUCGCACCGCCAUGAGAUGGGAGAAGUACACGUGUCUCCGUUUCCGGCCCGCAAUCAGGAGCGACCGGAAUGUCGUGCGCUUUCAGAACGGCUUUGGUUGCGAUUCUCAACUGGGUAUGGUGGGAGGUGAGCAGCCACUGAAUUUGGAUGCGAACGGCGGCUGCAGAUAUAAAGGAUUGUACCUGCACGAGAUAGGGCACGCCAUUGGUCUCGUGCACGAGCAUCAGCUUCCCAACAGGGACCAAUACAUCGAGAUCCUCUACCAGAACGUGAUACCGGACAAGCGCUUCAAUUUCGAUAAAUAUUCCGCACAGGAUUUGGACCAGAUGACAGUGGAUUAUGAAUAUUCAUCUGUGAUGCAUUAUGGGAUACGUGCUUUUUCAUGGAAUGGAGCGCAAACUAUUAAAGCUCUGCACCCCGAUAAGGAAAGCUCCAUUGGUGAAGUGUUCCGAAAAGAACUAUCUUUUACUGACGUCAAGGUAGUUAGCCUCAUGUAUCAAUGCGCAAAGCAAUGUGACAGCUCCAUCAUCUGUAACAACGGUGGCUACGUGGACCAGAAUUGCAAGUGCAUCUGUCCAGACGGCUCCGACUCUUGCUCCAAGGCCACACCAGACGACGAAGAUGGCGAGUGCUUCAACGCCCACGACAGUUGGAAAUGUGCCGUGUUGGCGAACAAGGGUGAGUGCCAGAGGAACCCCCGGUUCAUGCUGGAGAGCUGUAAGAAGGCGUUGAACUGCGAAAACAUGCACUCAAACGCAGAGGAGUGUGAGAGAAGGGCGGCGGAAGGGGAGUGUCAGAUAAACCGAGUCUGGAUGACCGCGAACUGCCGGAAGUCUUGUCACAUGUGCGGCGACAGCGUCGUCGUCAUCACAACCACACCCGAACCUGAACCCAUAAACUGCGAAAACAUGCACACAAACGCUGAGGAGUGUGAGAGAUGGGCGGCGAGAGGGGAGUGCCAGGUAAACCGAGUCUGGAUGACCGCGAACUGCCGGCAGUCUUGUCACAUGUGUGGCGACAGCGUCGUCGUCAUCACAACCACACCCGAACCUGAACCCGUGAACUGCGAAAACAUGCACACAAAUGCUGAGGAGUGUGAGAGAUGGGCGGCGAGAGGGGAGUGCCAGGUAAACCGAGUCUGGAUGACCGCGAACUGCCGGCAGUCUUGUCACAUGUGCGGCGACAGCGUCGUCGUCAUCACAACCACACCCGAAUCUGAACUCGUGAACUGCGAAAACAUGCACACAAAUGCUGAGGAGUGUGAGAGAUGGGCGGCGAGAGGGGAGUGCCAGGUAAACCGAGUCUGGAUGACCGCGAAUUGCCGGCAGUCUUGUCACAUGUGCGGCGACAGCGUCGUCGUCAUCACAACCACACCCGAACCUGAACCCGUGAACUGCGAAAACAUGCACACAAAUGCUGAGGAGUGUGAGAGAUGGGCGGCGAGAGGGGAGUGCCAGGUAAACCGAGUCUGGAUGACCGCGAACUGCCGGCAGUCUUGUCACAUGUGCGGCGACAGCGUCGUCGUCAUCACAACCACACCCGAACCUGAACCCGACGGCGAGUGUGAAAACAUCCUCAACACUCGUGAGUGCGACUGGUGGGCGAGCACCAACGAGUGCUUGCGGAAUCCUGAUUGGAUGAUCCUUAACUGCCGGAAGUCCUGUAAGAAGUGCUAG